AGCACGUGCAUGAGAGGCGGCGGAUUGAACGCACUCAUGUGCAUCUUUUCUAUGCAUAAAGCGAGCGGCACUCACGCAAAAUGGCUUAGAAGUUACAGAAAAUAAAUGCUCAGCCCGGGUGACUAAAGAGAACUCAGUGAUUGUUUCAUGAUACAUGGAUAGGGAAAUGAUAUGGAUGACAGCUCAUAAUUCUCCUGCAUUUCUCCACCGUCGAUCAAAGUCAGGGGAGACACAGCAUUAUUCGCUCUUCGCUCCCGUAGCCCAACAGAUGUUCUCCCGUACACCUGUUAACGUAAACAUCAUCUCGCUCAUCAUCCCUAGUCACCAUGGUUAUGAAUAGAACUGAUGCCAUCUCCUCGCCCACGAUCUACGGACGUAUAGAAAGAUGGCGGGCCUUUCUCAAACGUCGUAGGAAGUUGAAAAGGGAUAGUUGUUCUUAUCUUGCCGCUACUUGUGCCUUACUGCUACCAAUACUUGUUUUUAUUUCUCUGUUCAAUAAUCAUAUCUUCAUCCCAACUCGGUAUGAUGAGGAUGUGAUUAAGCGGUCGUUGCGAUCAGAUACGGAAGAUAGAGGUUAUGACGGGAGUUCGAUCCAUGAUGAUCAACCCUACCAUAACCCUGAUGAUAAAAUUAACUGUACUGAGAGGAGCAUCAUUAACUUCCCUCUUCAUCUCUUCAAUCGAGAGCAACGACGCCAUGGAGCCGUCAUCAUCCACGUCAUCGUCAUGGCUUACAUGUUCGCCUCUCUCGGCAUCGUUUGCGAAGAAUAUUUCAUGCCUGCCUUAGAAGUUAUCUGCGAAGUCUUGCAUUUAUCGGAAGAUGUGGCAGGGGCAACUUUCAUGGCGAUUGGGGGAUCUGCUCCGGAAUUAUUUUCAAGCCUUAUUGCUGUGUUUAUUACCCACGAUGAUAUCGGGGUAGGAACGAUAGUUGGAUCGGCUGUUUUUAAUAUCCUCUGUGUGAUUGGACUGUGUGGAUUAUUAGCUGGACAGGUUAUUUACUUGACCUGUUGGCCUUUACUUCGUGAUUGCAGCUGCUACAUUGUAUCUAUUAUUGCGCUCGUUUUCGUAGUAAAGGAUGGCCAGGUUUCGUGGAAAGACUCGUUGAUUCUCCUCGCCUUAUACAUGUCUUACUGCAUUCUCAUGUACUUUAAUCCCUGUAUUGAACAUAAAGUAAGUCUUAUCACCCCCGGAUGCUGCACCCCAAAGCACAUAAAGACGAGCGACGAAGACAGAGAGCCUCUUGCACGUGAAGAACCCGUCAAGAAUGGACGCGUUCGCACCGGUGGUGGGGAGGUUCAAGAAUCAACCCAUCUUCUAGUCGGAUCGGACGAGGAGCGCUCGCCAAUUCGUCAACAGAUGAAUGGUCACGUGACUACAAACUUUCAAGACCCUUUUGAUGGAGAGGUUGGAAUAGAUACAAACAACAUAGGAAAGAACAACAACGACAAAGGCGUGCAAGUGAGCCUUGAAGGCGAUUUAGAACAGAAUGAGAGCAGAGACAAGGAGAGCGAUGAUGACGGUGACGACAACGGAGAGCCAGAUUCUCCCUUCAAACUACCAAAAAAGGGGUGUAGCCGAUACGCCCAUAUGCUUGCUCUUCCUAUAAUCGCCGUCUUCGCUUUAACAAUCCCAGACUGCCGAAAAAAACGAUGGCAGCGAUUCUACGUCUUGACUUUUAUAAUAGCAUUGUUUUGGAUAGGAAUCUUAACCUAUAUCCUCGUUUGGAUGGUCACUGUGUUAGGUGACACGAUUGGUAUACCAGACACAGUAAUGGGUCUCACCCUUCUUGCUGCGGGAGCCAGCACACCUGAUACUAUGCUGAGUAUCAUCGCUGCACGUGGAGGAUACGGUGACAUGGCCAUUUCUCACUCUAUCGGCAGCAAUCUAUUUGACAUUCUCAUCGGUCUCGGUCUUCCCUGGUUUAUCCAAACCGUCAUCAUUGAUCACAGAUCCACCGUCACCGUCUACAGUGGGGCGAUCUCCUAUAUAUCCAUGCUUCUUCUUCUGACGGUCGUAAUCGCCGUGGUGCUUAUUAACGUUUGUAGGUACAGAUUAGGAAAACCACUAGGCGUUCUAUUCAUUAUAUUCUUUGUUAUCUUUAUUGUCGUCUCAAUAAUGUUUGAAUUGAAUCUGAUUAUUCCCGGAUUAACGUUACCAACUUGUCAGUAGGGCUUUUUCGCACCGCGGCGCAAAACGCUUUCAAGAACUUUUAACAAAAAUGUUUCGUCAAAAUAAUGCCCUUCAUGAGAUUGAUCACCCAAGAGGCUUUGUCGAAAAUGUGGGAAUGAUAUGAGCAGUUUCGUUCGGACUCUGGAUGAAUGACAUACUUGCGAUUUUUCGUCAGCUCCUGAACUUGGGACGACAUUUUUUUAGGCGAAGCCUCCUUUGUUGAUCAAUGUCAUAGAGGACAUAUUUGACCCCCAAAAAUUAUAAGUUCUUGAGAGGGUUUUGCAACCCAAAUAUUCAUUGUCAUUUACGGGCAUUUUACGGGCAUUUUCAAUACAUUUACUGUGUUCUGUAACCCAGCUAUUCAUUGUCAUUUACGGACAUUUUCAAUACAUUUACUGCGUUCUGUAAUUCUUCCUGCGUGGUAGUGCAAAAACCCGCUGUAAUUAGUAGGGAACUUUCGAUUUACCAGAUUAUUUCUGGAGACGGUAACUCAAAAACUAUAAAAGUAAUCGAAUGUGUACAGACCAACGAAUGCCGAGGUGUUCGCAAAGUGUUGAUGCCCUCAACGGUCGCUGGUAAAGACCUUAUUCGCGGUUGGAUAUCUUGCCAACGAAUUCACUUUUUAUGUAUUCCGAAUCAUUAUUCAGACUAAAAAUAGCGUUAGUUGCGUGGACAGGACAAGUAGGCGCUCUGUGGAUAUAACUAAAGUCUAAUGUCUCUUCAUUUUCUACUUCUAGUCCUUCUAGUCUGUUCUAGAUAUACUGGUUCGAAUUCAGCCUGUUGACGCAUGUUGCCGUAUCCACGCUAUUUCAUUCAUGAGUCCAUAGUGACUGUUUAAUGAGUCUACUCUUCAAACAGUGGACUCAUGAAUGAAAUAUACUAGUUCGUAGUUACUUCAAGACAAUUUUGGUCAAAUG